UAAGCUGUUUCAGAAUCUUUAAUAGAGGAUUUAUAGCAUGGGUGCAGAUAAAAUUUAUUGUCUAACGGAGGAUCUUUAAUCAGAUAAAUGUGGCUGAAAUGCUUACCCAUUUUUCUCCUAAAACCAAUGACGUACUAUGUACUUAAUUUAGUUUGACAGAUUGUAGCAAACUGACGUUUGUGAUUUUAAAGAAAAUUCGCGAAAGAAUUAAAAUACAGAAAUUCAAUGGAAAUUAUCUUUGAAUUCGGUUUUGUGAAAUUGUCAAUUUUUCAACUUUGCAUGGCAUUUUCCUUAAACAAAACAAAACAUUUAAUAUUAAUCUCUACACUAAAUUAGUUUUUAUUAUGAGAAGUGAUUGAUAUUUUUGAUUCAAUAUUAGUAAUAUGAAUGUAAAUACGCAAUAAAUAAACAGUGAAUUUCAACUACGAUCACGUACCUACAUUUUGUUGUGUAGAAGAUAUUUUGUGAGUGACAAAUAUGAUGUGGACAGUUCACACGGAAGGUGGACCGCGACGGGUGAAUCACGCCGCAGUUUCUGUUGGAGAUAAAAUAUAUUCAUUCGGCGGCUAUUGUUCCACGGAGGAUUAUAAAGAUUGGGAAGUAAUACCGGUCCAUGUUCUAGAUACCACCGUGUACCGGUGGGCUAAUGUAGAUUAUAACAAGACAAUUGAUGCACCCUUCCAGAUAUAUGGGCAUUCUUGUGUGGCAUAUGGACAUAAAGUUUAUUUGUGGGGUGGAAGAAAUGAGUCAAUAGCAGGUGACACUGUAUUUUGUUUUGACACAAACACAUAUCAGUGGUCAACACCUGUGGUGUCUGGCGUAAUACCGAACGGAAAAGACGGCCAUGCAACAUGUUUAAUAGAUAAUAAAAUGUAUACUUUUGGAGGAUUUGAAUAUUUAACAGACCAGUACACAAAUAACGUUCAUUGUUUAAAUUUGGACACGAUGGAAUGGAGUUGCAUUUAUACUAAGGGUGUACCACCUGUUCCUAGAGACUUCCACACAGCAUUGGCUUACAAAAAUAGAAUUUAUGUGUUUGGAGGCAGAGGUGACUUUAACAGGCCUUAUAGUUCUAACAAUGAGGUGUAUUGUGAUAAAGUUUUCUAUCUGGACAUAGAAACAGAGACUUGGGUGACAGUUGAUACAAAUGGAAUUAAACCCGAGGGUAGAAGGAGUCAUUCAGCUUGGAUUUAUAAUGACCAAAUGUAUAUAUUCGGAGGGUAUAACGCUAAAACAAAAUUACAUUACAACGACAUGUAUACAUUCUGCUUGAAGACAAAUACGUGGAAACCUCUUAACCCCAACGGACAACCACCAAGCAAGCGACGACGACAGGCAUCAGUCUUAUAUGGAGAUAAAGUGAUUGUGUUUGGUGGAACAAGCCCUACAGGAAUAAGCAAGAGAAAUACAAUUCAACAGCUUCUCCAAAACGAUAGUGAUGAUGAUCUGCUGCUGGAGAAUAAUGAUCUGCACGUGUUUGAUUAUUCACCAUCACUUAAAGUUCUCUGCAUCAAUUAUGUGCUGCAGCACAAGAUCGAUACCACCUCAAUGCCGAAAGAUAUUUUGCUGGACAUAAGGAUAUAUACCCAACCUAACCGGAUCACCAGGCAAAUCAACCACAUAGGAUGAUCGGAAAGCAAACUAAAAAGUAUUGUAUAAAUCACUAACAUUAACUAUUUGUAUUUUUCUUAUUAUUAUGUAUGGGACCAUCCAUAAAUUACGUCAUACGAAUGUAGUGAACUUUUGACCCCUCCUCGUCCUUGUCACAGCUGGUCACAUUUGUUAGGGGGUGGGGGAGUUCUACAUAGUGUGAUGUUUCAUAUUACACAAUUAUACAUUUAGAAAUUUAUAAAAUUAAAACAGUUUCAUUUAAUAAUUUUUUCAAUAACAUCUACAGUAAGUCAAACAGAUACAAUUAACAACCAUUAAAUUAUCAAGAUUAGUAGACCGUAUGUAGUUAAAAUCUUGUAUUUUAAUAUACUUAUAUUAAGUAUUAUAUUUGUGACACUCGCUCUCCCCCCUCCCUCACGUAUCUAUCACGUAUGAGGUAAGUUAUGGAUUUGCCCCAAUGACUCGCAGAGGGUAUUGCCAUCGUACAAGAUACCGUACAAAAUAAACACAAUGUACUUUUUAAAUACUUUUGUAAAAGGUUUUAUUAUAGGUGCGUUGCGCUCCUGUUACAAUUAGUUGCCUUUGUUUUUAUUACUCGUUAUAAUUGUACAGAUUCGUAGCCCGUUGACAGACGGACGGACAGCGAAGGGGUACAAACUAUUAUUAAUAACUAUAACUAGUGGUCCGGGCCCUCGCGUGUCAUUGAAGUUAUACUUCUUUUGUCUCGUUAGGGAACAAUAAUUAUUACGAUGUUCUCGCAUACCGUCACGCAAGUUAGACGCAGCCACCCUGACGUAAGUUUGUCAAACUAUACCAUUUGCUUUGCGUGCAUUGGUCUUCUAGCAAGGUAAGCACUGCACAUUUAACUAGUCGUAGAACUGCGCUAUAGUCUGACAGUACUUCAGUUUAUGGAAUAGGAGUACAAAUGAGCGUACGGGUCACCUGGUGUUAAGUGAUCACCGCCGCCCACAUUCUCUUGCAAUACCAGAGGAAUCACAGGAGCGUUGCCGGCCUUUCAUAUACUGAAGCUGUUUGUGUUUCGCAUAUAGUUUCUGUACCAUAUUAUGGUCAACCUAAUAUUUUACUUUGUAGAAGUACUAAAAUUUCAUGCAUUUAUGAUAUUGAUUAAUAUCUAUAAUAUUAUUAUUGAAAACUUUAAAUAAAGUAAUAUUUUUUGAAACGUUUGUGGCUUAAAAAAGGACUAAACUCAAAUCACAGAGGACCUUUGUAUAAAGACUCAAAUUAUAUAUUUUUUUUAUAUGAGAGUGGGCAAACGAGCAAGGCGAUCGGAGAUGACUUGAUCGUCGAUGAUUCGAGCCGCUCUUCGUUGUAUGCGGUCGGAAGAGGCUGAUACUGGGGAGCACCCGCCCAGAGGUGAGAACAGUACUCCAUGUGAGGCCGAAUUUGCGCCUUAUAGAGUUGCUGGCGGUGGCUUUUAGUGAAGUACUGUCUCGCCUUACUGAGUACACCAAGCUUUUUUGAGGCCAGUUUGGCCUUCUCUUCCAAGUGACCACGGAACUGAACGUUGCUCGAUAUAUCGACGCCAAGUAUGCAUUGGCAUUGUAUUGACAGGCUGGGCGGCGCGACGGCGAUGUAAUCAAAUGCAAAUCAGAUGUAAUUAAAAACAUUAAGCGCUGUGUACGACACGGGUGGUAGAGCGGUGGCGGCGCAGAGCGACGAGUUUGGUUUCGCCGCUCGCGCGGGUACAUAGUGUUGCAUUUUUAUCACAGUAAUAAAGAGUAGUUUUCUCUAAAACAUAAUCGAAUGUCUCCAUACUCAUUCUUGUGUAAUUGUAGAACUUUCUUGAAUGACAACGUAGCUCGUAAUAAAGUGUAGAAAAGUCUCCCAAACUGCAUCUUCGUUGAUUUAUUGGAUGAACACCAUCAUGAGACUGGGCUCCAAUAGUUCUCUUCGACGUGAAUUCAUGUUUACCACAACACUACGUGUUGAAGUUUGUUUCGUACACACGCAAGACACAGAUCUCUUCGCCCCGCGCCGCACCGCCCCGCCCGCGCCCCGCCGUCGCUCCAGCCGUCGCAAGUUUCGUACCCGCAUACUUAGAGGAGUGAUCUCGGAACGAGGGGAUACGACAAAGGGAGACUUUUUAGUGGUGAACGCACAAACUUGUGUCUUCUUGGAGUUGAAUUGGACUAAAUUUUGUCGGCCCCAUUCCGAGACUUUGAAAAGUAUAGUCUCGAUUUCAGACACAAGUUUGUUCCGGUUUUCGUCGACGCUAUCCCGGGACAUGUUGGCACGGCCGGUGUAAGAUGCAUACCCUGUGCUGUCGUCUGCAUAGCAAUGAAUACUGCUGAUUUGCAGCAUAUUAUUGAUAUGCUGAAGAAACAGCGGAUAGCACGCAGCCUUGCGGGACACCAGCGCUUAUGGGUUUUAAGUCGGAGCAUGCACCGUUGAUAAUAACCUUGAUGCUCCGAUCAGCCAAAAAGCUUCUCGGGAAGCCCAUAGGAUGGCAGUUUCGCUAUAAGCGCUUUAUGCCACACAUCGAAGGGCUUCGCUAUGUCCAUACUCACCGCCAACGCCUCUCCCUUCGACUCAACCGCUUGCGCCCAUUUAUGGGUGAGGUAUGCAAGAAGAUCACCAGCUGAGCGACCCUGACGGAAACCGUACUGGCAGUCGCUGAUCAGCUGGUGCCCCUCUAGGUAUCCCAAAAGCUGGCGGUUGAUGAUCGACUCCAUUACUUUGGAGAAAAUGGAGGUAAUGGCAAUGGGGCGGUAGUUGGACAGAUCUAAGCGUACACCUUUCUUAGGGAUCGGGUGCACUAAAGCCGCCUUCCAUAAUUUCGGGACUACGCCUGAAGAGAAGGAGAGCCGGAAAAGACGGGUAAGGACCGGCGCCAGUUCCGGAGCACAUGUCCGCAGCACUAUCGGGGGAAUGCCAUCGGGACCGCUCGAUUUGUGAAUGUCCAAGGUGAGAAGCGCCUUAAGCACGGCGCCAUGCCGGAUUUUUACCUCCGGCAUGUAUGACUCGCACCGCGGAAUAUGCGGUGUAAGAGGGAGCCCAGGAGAUCAGCUUUCUCUUUCACGUCAUGGGCCAGCGAGUCAUCAUCCCUGUGCAGUGGCGGAAUGGCUGGCUGGUAGAAGUUUCCUUGGACAGCCUUGGCGAGCGACCAGAACGCACGAGUUCCCGAGGGAAGGCGUGCAAGUCUCUGGCCAAUUCUGCAAUGUGCUUCGACUUCGCGUCAGCAAUAACUAUUUAAAGGGACCUGGAGGCAUUAUUGAAGUGUUUUUUAAGUUCGCUGGAAUUCACAUCCUUAGAUACCACCGCAUUGACCCAAGCCUGAUAACACUCCUGCUUUCGGCGAGAGGCCAUUUUGCAGAAGCGGUCAAACUAUGGUUGGGACCUGCCACCGAUAGGCACAGAGGAGGAUGGAAUAAAGAGUUCCAUACCUUGCAGUACCACAUCAGCAACAGCGUCAGCAGCGGCAUCUGGAUCUCCCAGCGAAAAACAGAUCUGCCUCCACGGGUAGGAUGCAAAAAAGCACCGCAUCUCGUCCCACUCUGCUGACCUAUAGUGCCACAUGCGGCGACAGCCUAAGAAGCGGGGCCUUGUUAGGCGCGUGAUCGGCACGGUGCUCCGGAUCAGGCAGUGGUCCGACGAUCCCAGAGGAGGGUCAACGGAAACUAGGUAGCCGUCCGGAUGUGAGGUCAACGGAAGGUCCAACAGUGAAGGUGUAUGAUCUUGCACAUCUGGGAUUCGCGUUGGCGCAAUAACCAUUUGCGUCAGACCAUAUGCUAAGGCGAAGUCGUGAACAGAUCUCCCUGCAUGAUCGGUGGUACUUGAGCCUAGCCAUUCGGCGUGGUGGGCGUUAAAAUCGCCAAGAAUCACGAUCUCUGCAGUGGGGAUCUGCGCCAACACGGAAUCUGUAGCCAUUUGGAUGCGUUCGAGGAGCCGGUCAGUCUCUGCAUUACCGCUAUGAGACCUAUACAGGCAUGCGUAGAUUUGCGGAUGGUCAUCGCAGUCUACACGCAGCCAGAUGAUGGAUAGGUCCUUUCCUUCAAGAUAACUCAAGCGUCGAGAACAGACAUCCUUCCUGACGUAAACGCACACGCCAACCCGUGGUAUAAAGGAGUGUUCCAAAUUAUACCCCGGGUAUGAAAGGUAAGAUGAAUCAGCCAGGGAGGAUAUCUGUGUCUCGGUCAAAAAGAGCAGGGCCGUCUCCAGGUGAAAGUGGACGGCAUUUAAAUUUGAGCGAAGCCCCCUGAUGUUGCAAAAGUCUACAGCGAGUGUGGAGGAGGGUGAUUUGAGCCUCCUGCUCUGUUUGCCCCGAGUCAGCGCAGAUUUGCCCCCUCCAGAAUACGCGGGGCAGCCUGGGCAACCACUGUUAGGUACAGGCCCUAAUUGUGGACGCCCAGGGACAGAUUCUCCAGGGCUGCAUAGCCUGGUACCGUCCUGGAGUAGUCUAUUCUUAGUCCGUGCUGCCAUUUCUAUUUGGGAGGGGGGGUGUAGGCCUCCGGAAACCCCACUCACCGGACGAAACACAGCGGCAUAGCCGCUAUUUCACGCCGUUUUCGAGUGGGGGAGUGGUAUUUCUCCGGGCGUGACGGCCCAAUUCGGUUGUGUCCGUGAGGACCCAACAUGGCAGUACCCCUCCCAAAUUUUUUCCUAUAAUUUUUGAAACUUAUGAUCUCAAAAUAGCACAACGCUGUCGGCUUCAUAGUUCAUAUUAUAAUUUAAAUACUUUCCUUGAGCUUUUCUAGAUAUUAUUAAACCUGAUAUUUAUAAAUUCACUUACCACUUCUUUUGCCGGGUUUUCAGGUUGUAACUUGUUUUGAUUACAAUAACAUUAGUUAUGGGCGGUCGAACGGUAAUUUUUCACCCACACAAAUAUCUCAAAAAUGUUUUUUUUAAAUAAGGGACGAGACGAGCAAGACGUUCAGCUGCUGGUCAUUGAUACGCUGCCCAUUACAAUGCAGUGCCGCUCAGGAUUCUUAAAAAACCCUAAAAAUUCUGAGCUCUGCAAAAACAACUGCGCUCGUCACCUUGAGACAUAAGAUGUUAAGUCUCAUUUGCCCAGUAAUUUCACUAGGUACGGCGCCCUUCACACUGGAACACAGUAAUGCUUACACAUUACUGCUUCACGGCAAAAAUAGGCGCCGUUGUGGUACCCAUAAUCUAACCGGCAUCCUGUGCAAAGGAGCCUCCCACUUAAAUGCCAUGUUUGAACAUUACUCGUAAAUGUACUGGUCUAUUAAAAGGAACAACUUUUAUUUUAUUUAUUAUUGAAACCUGUACCUAUAUCAUUACCGGCACACUAAUUUAAUUUCUCCAUUAUAAUAUUUUUAAAACCUAUUUAAAACACAAAUCACAUAGCAACUUUUUAUCAUAGUAGGAACUCUACACGGGUCACGGAUGACGGAAUAAACUUCUUAUUAUAAAAAUAAAAUAAUAAUUAUUAAUCAAUGAAUAUACCUAUUUACUCUAAUGAUACUCAUGUAGACAAAAAACAGAAGAACAGAAGCCUUAAACUCCUAAUAUGGAGCGAGUGAGACGCAUGUGGGGUCGGGACUCGGGAGUAAUCGGUUUAUCUCGCUACAAUUCUUUAGUAGGCAUGCCUACCGAGCGGCCCAUACGUUGCUGAAUAUCGUUUAACUGUGACCAAUACUUGUCUAAAUAAGAUGUAUGGAAUAGUCGUUGCGUCGUAUAGGCAUUAUCGGGACUGGCUACCGUACGAAUUUAAUGUAGCGUAAGGAAAUGCGUAUGAGUUAAGAGAGACCCAAGCCUACUGAACGUCAACCAAUGGAUUAAAUUAUAAAAAUGAUAAUAAUACUUUAAUAUUUAAUAAUGGUUAUAUUUAAUACCUUCUUUAUUACAAUAUUGUUCUUUUUUUUAAAUAUUUAUCAUAUUACAUAUACUGACUGAUAUAGACUUACAUAAAGACUAGGUCACAGCUAAUGCUAAUAACUACUUAAUAAUACGUCACAGCUUAAGCUAUAAAUUAAAUUUAUUGUCAUAAAAACGAAUAAAUAUAACUUAGCAGGUUCAAAUUCUCUUAGCUGCUAUAGUUUUUUAAUAGAUAAUCUUUUAGUCUAUAAUUAAUGUUUUUAGGAUUUCAAUUUUGCCGCUCAAUAAAGGGCAGCUCAUUUAGCAAGCGAGGUAUUAGGUAAUUGGCAGUUCGUUCGCCGUACACGUUGCAGGCCCGGAGACUCGACAACCGUUUCUGAGUUAUGGCUCUUGUUUGUAUAGGAUGUUCAAUCUUUUGCAAUCUUAUUUUUUCAUUAAAAAAGUAUUGACUCAAUAGAAUUUGCUUAACUUUAUCAUAAAUGGGCAAGAUAUUGCAAUAUUUAAAUAUUUCAUUUUCGUUUUGUUUUAAUUGACUUGAACUUGAAGAUAUUUUGCUUCACAUAUGAGGAAUAUGUACGGCCAUAGCUUGUUAGGCCGUAAUAUAUAUCAUAUUGAAUAUAGGAUUCCACUAAUGAAUUAUAAAGCAUAAUUUUUACUUUAAAGGGAAUUCUAUUUUUUAAUAUUUAAUAUUACCUAGGAACUGGCGUAACUUAUUGCUAAUGUGUUCGAUGUGGUAGCUCCUGUUGAAUUUUGAAUCAAUUAUUAGGCCAAGGUAUUUAUGUGUAUCACUAUAACAAUCGCAGGACACCUACAGGUUCCUAGCCCAUGCAGACAAUUAUGAUUGUGUGAAAUUAUAGAUUUAGGAGUGUAGUGCGUGAUGUGGGGCGAUUUGAUAAUAAUGAGCUUAGUGUUACUAAUGUUAAUGUUUAGAACUACACUAGCAUACCAUAACACCAUUUAGUUAGCGUGUCCAAGUCACACUGAACAUCUUCACAUGCUCUAUUGACAUCUUUACUUGACACAAUAAGGCAAGUGUCAUUUUCAAAUUGGUAACACGUGCUGUAUUUUAGGCAGUUUCCCAAGUCGUUCACAUAAAAAUUAUUGUAAUUGGUGUUGUAACCGUUUUAAUAAAAAAAAAAAAAAAUAAGAUAAAAAAUGUAAGGCACCCAGGGGUCACUGUGUGUGUUUUGUACUUUAACAGUAUGUACGAUUUGUGUGAUAAUUUUUGCACCACUUUAUUAAUAGACCCCUGAUUCCACAAUCAUCUAGAUUUAGGAUUAGUUGUUCAUGCUGCAAUGUUUCAACUGCCCGAGAAAAGUCAAUAAAUACAAAUAAACAAAAUACUUUGUACAAACGUAACAUAGAGAGAAAUAUAUAUUUUUCUAAGGAUUUUUUUUUGUUAAGCCAAAGAAGUAUAAUUUGUUGUGUGCGUACUGUCACACAUUUUUAUUUUAUUUUAUUCAUCUUUUAUUAACAUCUCAUGAGGCCCAUAGUUAGCGCCCUCGUCUGCGUUCCGUAUGUGAUCACUGGCAUCACAUGUCUAAAAUCUUAAUAUUAAAACAUAGUAGAUGAACCAAAUCAAUAGAAGCACUAUGAGCACUUCUUGAAAAAAAUAUUGUUCUUAAUUCUCUUACAGACCGUCUCGUGUACGUGUUAUACAGGUGUUACAAAGCCGAAAGGAGGUUACAUGGGGCCUUAUAACGGGUCCGUCCCUUCAUAAUAUUUAUGAACCGUAGUAACCCAUAUAACAUUCCCCAGAAAAAUAAAAAAUAUUUUUAUUUUCACUGAUGUGCAAAUCCUAUUUCAGUAAAAUUAAAGAGUAAACUACGCAGAAUGUACUUACAAUUCUACCUAAUUCGCAGAACGACAAAAAUUUAAAAGACCUAACCUAAGUUAUGUCUUUAACGAAACCAACUAAACGAACACUUACUUUUUCAUAAUAAACGUCAAAUUGACAGGAACGGCUCAAAGUGCGCUCCGCCUUGCCAAUACACAAGCUCGCUCGUCGGGAUAUGGAUUGUGUGACAUAUCGCAACAUCGUCGGUGUUAUUGAUGCGAAAACCGAUUCAACACGCUAUUCCAUCUCGGCAACUGUUGGGCAAUCGGAAAAAUACACUCUGUUCUUCACAUAAUCAUUUUUUCCAACUUGACUUUUUGAAGCCAGUACUUAAGUAUAAUGACAUCCUCGUAUUGAGUUAGCAAACAUUUAGUUGACAAUAAUUAGGUUAAAUACGUAUGACUUUGUGUUUAAUAAUCUGGUUCCCUGACAUGACAGCUUACUAGGGUUGACAUCAUUUUUGGUUUUGAUAAUUAUUUAUAUACCCCGUUUUGCAACACGUUGUAUUAUUUAUUUUGAUUAAACCGGUAUGCGAGGACUCACAAAGUUAGAGUAGUACCAACUACCAGUUAGUACCAACAUCCCAAGCCUGUUAAUAAAUAGAUCAGCAUCAGGGCGGAGCUUCUACGAGGCGAUUAAGCAAUUUCAAGACUCGCGGCACGGCGCAGGGCGCUUCGUUAUGGCUUUGGUCUCUGCAGAUUUUUUAAUCCCCUAAAUAUUUCAAUUUGUUUAUAACUACAUUAUUUAUUCUGAUAAUUUUAAAAUAAAACUUAAUUAAGUAGUUCCAUUUAAUGUCGCGGGACUAAUACGCGAUUGGCAGUAUAGAUGUUUACAGUACAUCAACCUCUUAGAGAUAUAUCGAAAUUGCUGUACUGGUCAAACACAUGCGAGCAGCGACCGGCAAAAUUUGUAUGAAAGUCCAAAUCAACUUCAAUGAACGCGAUAACACGGUAAGUGACGACUACAGCACAGCACUACUCUGUUUACCUCAGGCCCCGACUGCAUUCAACUCGCGCGAUAUCUGUACUAUAUAUCAGCAUCUGUAUCUUUCCGUGCUUUGAGAGGAAAAAAGUGAACUACUUUUGGUAGAUGUGAUAUUGUUGUGUUAAACAACAUUAUCCUGUAUGCAUCUUAUCUAAAGAUACUUUUUUGCGAUGAGAAGGGACGAGACAUGCAACACGUUCAUGUGACACACACGUGUUACGCCCCGCUCAUAUCAAUAUAGUUCCGCUUUAGGAUUCGUGGAAGCAAAAAAUUCUGCAAAAAAGCAGAUUUCGCUCAUAUUACAACAUAAAACGUUCACUCUCAGUAGCCCAGUUGUUUCAAUAGAGACGGCGCACAUUGCACGGGAACUCAAACAGUGCUUGCACAAUACUCCCCAAACUAAAAAAAUAGAGAAAGGUGGCUAAAAAUUAGGAGUACUGAAUUACAAAUAUAUAGAUUCUGUACAGCAGCAUUCAGAUAUUUGAAAUAUAUUAAACCUUGUGUGUCAAGUGAUCAAUUGUUAUACUUUAUCACAUAUAUCUACAUUAUAUUUAAAAUUUCACCAGAUUCCGGAUACGGAAGAGACGUAAGUUAGAAUUUAAUUAACUAUAGAUAAUUUACAAAGAAUCAAAAAUAUUGUUACCGGCGUUAAAGUGUUCAUUUUUUUCCAAUAAAUAGCAUUCUAUUAGCAUGCCAAUUUAAAUCUUUUGGUUGUCAUGUUUCGGAGUAACAGACUUCCAUUUUUUAAUAAUAAUUAGACGACAGAUAUUAUUCUCUCAUUUUCAUAUGACUUUCUCAAUAAAAUCAAUAUGGGUAUCAUUUUUGUGGUCUUCGUGAGUGUCAAUUAAAUAAUAUGACAUCUAUUUUGAGGUACAAGAUAUGGCGGAUAUUUGGCGGACUUUUUCACUAAAAUCAUUACGGGCAUUAUUUUCAAAGUUUCCGGGAGUGCUAAUUCGGUAUACCUAUAACAUAAUGAUACUUAUUCUUACUCUUAUUACUCUUAUUUCUGCCUUAUUCGUAGCUAGCUAAUCCCGAAAAGUUAGUUAUGGAAAAAGUGGACAAGUAGUUAGUAAUUCUUUUAUUUCAAAUGUCGGUUGCUAUAUUAUGUGUUCGCGCAAUCAAAAAAAAAAACGAACGUCAUCUAUCCACACUCCCGUCACAAAGUGACCACACAAAUUUUCAUCCCCUAUUUCUCCCCCUUCUAUUAACUAUUAACAAACAGUGAAAGUUCCCUUAAAAACGAUUCAGCCGUUCCGGAGAUUACCUCGGAAAAACAGAGAGCCAAAAAAAUAAAAAAAAACAACGAUAAACGACGCUAGUUGUAUUUCAAAUCGCGCUCAAUCGGGGAUUCUAACAAAAUAUGAACAGGUCCAAUUUGUUAACUUAAUAAAUAUUUGUAUUAUUUAUUAUCUUAGUGCCCUACACACAUUAUACGAACAGGAAAUAAUUACGAAAAAACUAAAUGAAAAAUAAAAGAAAUGUGACAACCCUGACAGUAUUUCAUAGAACAUCAAAGGCGUUGGCCAACUAUAAGUAUUUACGCUGUGAUUCGGACGUAUAAUGUUUACCUCGUUUAAUUGGAAGGCUGCUUGAUAUUUGGGAAACUUCAGAAUAAUCGUUGUAUUGAAAGUGUUGGCUGCGAUAUAGUCACCAUUUUGCAUAUUCUUGGGUUUAUUCUCAGGCAUAACUUUAUAACAAGUUUAUUUGUAAGACCGAUAAAGUUUAAUAAUAUACAUUUAUUUACUCCACAAAAUGUUGGAAAACGUUGCUGGAUUCGAUCCCACGUGUCCGGAGAUAUGCUUUCACGAACGGAUUGAAAGACCAUUGGUUCCGUAUAUGAGAGGUGUUUAAGACAGACAUUUUAUUUAUUCAGUAACAAAAACUGGCUGGACAUAAUAAAAUUGUUUACUUUUCGUACUGUUUGACUUUUCGAGCAACAAAGUUAAAUGAUGGCACAACAAUCUGAUUUUAACUACAAGUCUUCCAAACUUAGCUUUCUAUUAUUUUAGGGAGCGUUUUUAUUAUUUUAUCAAGAACAAAAUACUACAUAGAAAAGCUAGAAGGAAUUGUUUUCUUAAAUUUUCGUUAUUGUAUUAUAAUAUAUUAAAGUACUCCGUAAAUCACCGUUACCAACAUAUUUAUAAUUUUAUUUUAUUUCUUAUCUUAAUAUUAAGUUGAUUUUAUUUCAUUAUAAUCAUUUAUAAAAUUAUUGAUAUAAAUUACCAAAUUGUAAUAAAUAAUAAGUAAUUAAAAUGUAGACUGUCACCUGGCAGCACUAAUGCUGCCAGCUGCAUUAGUGCUGCCAGGUGACAGUGUUAGCAUGGCGACGGACACUCAACAUGUAACACCGGUAUGGGGUGGUCGAUUAAAAUAUUUUAAAUUGUAUUAUUACAGUGAUUUCUUACUACAUACGAUCUUUUAAAAUUAUAAGAUUUGAUCCAAAACAGUGAGUAGUAAUUAUACAAGAUUGCAGUUUAAUUGGCUUCAGAUGGUAACGAUGAACUAUUCGAAACCAAACCCUAGUUCACUUAAUAUAAGAUUUGUUAUAGAUAAUAAUUAAGAUAAAGGUAAUAAAGUAAAAUAUACGCGUCGGAUUGAAACUCCGCCGAUAAGAGAUAUUAUUCGACAACCCUAAAGUUAGGCUUCUACUACGUUCAAGAAACAUUGCGACUAAUUUAAAUUAACGAAUCUCAAUACGAAUGACAGGGUUGUCAUUCAUAAAAAUCGAAAUAAUGAUAAAAUUUUGAAUGUUUAGUCAAUAAAAAGGUUUUACGGGACUUUUUCCUCUGGACCAAAAUCUCAUAUUGGGUGGGACACAAUUUAUUUUAAUUAAUUUGUUAAUAUUUUGUAUGUCUAAUUAAAUAAAGAAUUGAUUUAUC